AUGGCCAAGCCAGCGUCGGGAAGGGCCGCCGCCAGUCUCAACUCGGUGGUAAAGUUGGUCCUCAAUGCAGGGGGCGCAAGUGCGGCCCCGCCCGUGGGGCCGGCGCUCGGCCAGCGGGGCGUUAAGGCGAUCGAAUUUGCAAAGCAAUUCAAUGAGCAGUCAAAAAAAUACACGCCCGGAAUACCGCUGCAGACAAUCAUCGCCGUCAAGGCAGACAAAUCUUUCUCUUUCACCAUCCGGCCGCCAACAACAUCAUAUCUGCUGAAGAAGGCAUCGGGGCUUUUUGCAAUGAAUGUUGUCGGCUCGACUUCUCUUUUGGUUGGCCAGAUUUCUCCACAGCAGCUUUAUGAGAUUUCAAAGGUCAAGGCAACAGACCCCUCAUUUGCGGGCCUUCCGCUUGAACAUGUGUUUUCCAUGGUGACAAGCUGUGCCCGGGCCAUGGGGCUUGAAGUUGUCAAGUUCCAUUCGUAA